AGUAAGUCCCUUGCGGGGAUCCGUCCUCCCGUCCUGGCGUUUGCCCGCAGGAAGAUGGCGGCGUUCUCAAUGUCAGUGGCGCUGAGGCAGGCGUUGUUGGGGAGAACGGCAGUGCCUACAGCUGCCGUUUCCUUCAGCAGAGUUCCAUCCAGGUUGUUGAGCACAUCCACAUGGAAGUUGGCACAGGACCAAACUCGAGAUACACAGCUUAUAACAGUUGAUGAAAAAUUGGAUGUCACUACAUUAACUGGAGUUCCAGAAGAGCAUAUCAAAACCAGGAAGGUCAGGAUCUUUGUUCCUGCUCGCAACAACAUGCAGUCUGGAGUAAACAACACAAAAAAAUGGAAGAUGGACUUUGAUACCAAGGAGAGAUGGGAAAACCCUUUGAUGGGUUGGACAUCAACGGCUGACCCCCUGUCCAACAUGGUUCUAACCUUCAGUACAAAAGAAGAUGCAGUUGCCUUUGCAGAAAAAAAUGGUUGGAGCUAUGACGUGGAAGAGAGGAAGGUUCCGAAACCCAAGUCCAAGUCUUAUGGUGCAAACUUUGCUUGGAACAAAAGAACAAGAGUAUCUACAAAAUAGGUUGGCACUGACUAUUUCUGCUUGACUGUGACUAGUCAGCUGCACAGUAUUUAUAGUCCACAUAUAAUACGUCUCUUAAUCUCCUAAUAAAUUUGACCUUUAAACUACA